AUGCAGAGAACGAACAGACCUCCUUCCUUAAAAAUGUUUGAUUUCUCAGACACCGAUUCGGGCAUAUCAUAUGAGAGCACUGAAGAUGAAAUAGAAAUCAAUACUCCAACGUAUUCACUAUCCAUAAUGGAUCCUAUUGAGGCUGUUAUGCAACCGGAAAAUAUGCUAGAAAAGUUUAUAGAAGUUGGCGGAAGGCGUUACCUCAACGAUAUUUCAGUAAAAAGUUAUUAUUAUCUGCCCAGUGACCAGAAAGAAGUAGAAAGAACGUAUGUCCGAAAUCACCUAGACAAAAUCAUAUGGGAAGGUAACUACUCUGCUCCCGUUUUCGAUAGUCUAUCAUUAGGAGCAAGCGUUCUUGACGUUGGUUGUGGUGCAGGAGCAUGGAUAGUAAAUAUGGCGUUAGAGUACCCUGCUUCAGUAUUUGUCGGAAUAGACAUCGUUCCUUUGUUCCCUGAAGACUAUCCACCAAAUAUGACGUUUCUUAAAUGUAAUAUCCUGAAUGGUCUACCGUUUCCAGAUAACACAUUUGAUUUUGUUCGACAAGCGUUUGUCAUAGUUUGUAUUGAUUGGCAAUCAUGGAAAGAGAAAGUGGUGAAAGAACUAAUAAGAGUAACUAAGCCCGGAGGAUAUAUCGAAAUUAUGGAUGUAGACCGUGAAGUUAUAAAUCCAGGAAUAAUAGGUGGAAAAAUUGACGAUUGUUUAUUCGAACAUCUUCGUAAAGCCGGGAUCAACCCAGCAUCCGGCACAGACGUAAUAAAAACAUUCAAUGAGUUCAAGGAUAAAGUAAUUGUCACACCAAUAAAAGUAAAGACAUACCGUUUGGGGAAGAAAGCAGGUAGACUAGGUGAAGCGGCAAGUAUAAUAUUGAAAUGUAUAGUAGACGCAUAUAGAGGAUCGAAAAUCAUUUUCGCUCACAUUAUGAGAAUUACGGAAGAAGAGUUCGAACAAACGUUAAUUGAUUUUGUGAAAGAAUGCAAUGAAGCUACGCUCUGCAAAACGCGGUACCGUGUUAUUAUUCAAAAGCGUUUGGACAGCGUUUGA